GGAGUUCUCGUAGUCAGAGAAGUGAAUUUUGCCCGGAAAGGCAAGAAGCGAGCGAGCGAGCGAGAGAGAGAGAGAGGAGCACACAGCACGCCUACAGCGGUUUAAUCAAACUUAUGAGCGGUUUAUCUGAUACCAAACACCUCCUGGAUGCUUAAUGCGUCGCUUUUACAAUGUUAGGACAUUAUCCAAACGCGGAAAAAUCGCAGCUGGUGAGCUAUGUGGAGGAUUACCUGGAGUGUGUCGAGUCGCUUCCUCUGGACAUUCAGAGAAAUGUUUCACUUCUGCGGGAAAUCGACACCAAAUAUCAAGAGAUCUUAAAGGAGGUAGACGAGGUGUUUGAGAAGUAUAAGAAAGAGGCGGAUGGAGCUCAGAGGAAGCGUCUCCAGAUACAGCUGCAGCGUGCCCUCAUCAGCAGCCAGGAGCUCGGCGACGAGAAGAUCCACGUGGUCACGCAGAUGAUGGAGGUGGUGGAGAACCGCUCGCGCCAGAUGGAGGCUCACUCGCCCUGCUUCCUGGACCCCAGCGAUGCUGAAAGACCGGCCGAAAAAUCUCGUCACGAGACGGGAAGCGCCGCCGCCACUGCUAACACUGUAACGGAGCGUGCGUCAUCACGCAGGCCUCGCCGCCAUCGCAACAGCGAGAGCCGUGACUCGUGUUACAGCGCUAACGGCGCUAACGGAGUUCUGGAGGACCCGAGCGACGAACCUGCGGCUCAGCCGCCCCGCGAGAAAAAGUCCAAAUCGGCUAAGAAGAAGAAGCGCUCGAAAACCAAGUCAGAACGUGAAGUUUCUCCCACCGUGGAGUUCAACAUCGACCCCAACGAGCCGACGUACUGCCUAUGCGAGCAGGUUUCGUACGGAGAGAUGAUCGGCUGCGAUAACGAGCAGUGCCCCAUCGAGUGGUUCCACUUCUCCUGCGUCGGACUCACCUACAAACCCAAGGGCAAGUGGUAUUGUCCAAAGUGCCGAGGAGACAGUGAAAAGACCAUGGACAAAAGCACAGAGAGGCCUAAGAAGGACCGCCGGUCGAGGUAGUGCCUCAGAAACGAGUCACGUGUACGCAAGAGCGAGACGUCGAGCCUGAGCCACGCUUACGGAACGUUCCAGACUGUUUGAGCUCCACAGAUUCACGCCGAUCUUCCUCACAGACUAAACACGUCGUGCUUUAGUUUUCAACUUCAGUUUGUGUAUUUACUCAGUAACGCUCUCAGCUCACCCAUCGGUCCGAGUUCAAAUCAUCGCAACGUGCCGAUCGGUCCGACUUAAAAUCGUCCUAAAGCGGUGAUUGGUUGGUGAAUGAGUGACCUGCUGAACAGCUCCUGGUUUUGACUCGGAGUGGAUCUGUGGCGCAAAACGAAGGCCGUGUUCCAGUUCAGACAGUGACACUCCCUCGUCCACUUCCCCUCAGCACUUGUCCUGGAGUAAACCCCGUCUGCCGUCUUCCUGAGGGAUGUUCGGUGUCGUUAACACCAUCGGUGCGAACAGACGUGCGAGUCAGCGUCGCUACGUACAUCCCAGAAUGCGCUGCGGUCUGAUGUUGUUUCCUUUUAAAGCGCAUUAAAACACGUCAUAUUUCAACACUAACAUCUGUCCAGACUGCGCUUUAUUCCUUAUUUGCUUCUCAUGAAGUCACCUUGAAGGAAAUGAAAAUUGGGAAGCUGAUGAGGGAAUGCGGGACCGGGAACGCGGGACCGGGAACGCAGGACCGGGAACGCAGGACCAGGAAACGAGCUGUGAAAAGACUCGCGGAACUGCCGUCAGUGUUUAUAAGAUAUUGAAAAGAACUUUUUUUUUUUCAGACUUUAUUUUUUCAUUUUAGCGUCAGUUGUGUUGUGAAAAACGGCGAUUCUAAAAACACGUACAGGAUUUGACGAUCAUCACGUCCCUGUUUUACUUUCGAUUUCCUUUAACGCCAAGAUGGAGAAUUUCAAAAUGUCUUCCAGUGUGAGAGAACAGUUCUGUGUUUCUGUUGGUUUGUUGAGUCUGGUGUAAAGUUUUAUUUUGCUUCUAGGUUUACUUUUUUUUUUUUUUUUUUUUUUUUAAAUAAAAAAAAAAAGU